GGAAACAGUUGGGAUGACUAACUCUUGCUGCAUUUUUAUUCUCCGAGUUUGUUGUCUGAUGUGAAGUUUCUGAGGUUAUAAAUGUCUGUUUUAUUCUCCGGCUGAGAUAACUACAGUUUUAUCAAUCACCGGAAGUGACAACCACGGAGCAACAUGUCGGAUUUUGCUGCGCAAAUUUGCGGUGAGCGUCUCACAGCAGAGCAAAUGGAUGAACAGAGGAUGCAGAAUGUGGCGUAUCAGUACCUGUGCAGGCUGGAAGAGGCCAAGAGGUGGAUGGAAGCGUGUCUGGAGGAGGAUCUUCCUGCUCCCACAGAGCUGGAGGAGACUCUGAGGAAUGGAGUCCUUCUAGCCAAACUGGGUCACCGCUUUGCUCCGACCGUGGUCCCCCUGAAGAAGAUCUACGACCCAGAGCAGCUUCGAUACAAGGCCCAGGGUCUUCAGUUCCGUCACACUGACAACAUCAACCACUGGAGGAGCGCAGUGACCUCACUGGGCCUACCGCAGAUCUUCCAGCCUGAAACUACAGAUGUGUACGACAAGAAGAACAUGCCUAGAGCUAUUUACUGCAUCCAUGCACUCAGCCUGUACCUGUACAGACUAGGUUUGGCCCCACCCAUUCAUGAUCUGUGUGGAAAAGUCAAGUUUACAGAUGAGGAAAUAAACAAUAUGAAGCUGGAGCUGGAUAAAUACGGCAUCCAGAUGCCGGCGUUCAGCAAGAUCGGAGGCCUUCUGGUCAACGAGCUGUCAGUGGACCAAGCUGCAGUUCAUGCUGCAGUGAUUGCCAUUAACGAGGCCGUAGAGAGAGGAGACGUGAGCGUCACAGCAGCAGCUCUGAGCAAUCCAUCCGCUCUCCUCCAUGAUCUGGAGGAGGAGUUGAUGAAGGUCUACCAGGAUGUGCUGCUCCAGGCCCGGAGGAGGAAGGCUGAAGGAGCACAAGGGAAGCGCGGAGGCUCAGAACACACAGACGUGUAUGAGGAGUUUCUGACCCAGAAGGAGAUCCAGGAGCAAGUUAACAUCGUUAACGUCAGGUCAGCAGUGGAGAUGGUGGACGAAGCUCUGGAUGCUGCAGACGAACUCUCUCUCCUCUCAGCCCUGCGGCUACCAUGUUUGUCCUUGAAGGGCCUCCAUACUGAAAACGGGUUCUGGUACCUGGACCAGCUGUUGGUGGACCGCCAGCACAAAGCUUUGGAUCAAGGAUCUGUGGAUCCUCUGGAACCCGCCGAGCUUCAGGACAGCAUUUAUGCUGCUAACCAGGAAGCCCAGAGAUCCCAAAAUCUUCUCAUAGCGGUGCAGAAGAUAAAUGCGUCACUGCGUGGAAACGACCCCCGCUGCACUGUGAGCUGCCUGAUGAACUCUGACCUGCAACUGCCACAGGUCUUCCCAUCUGCCGCAACGCUGUACCAUCACGAGCUGCGACUGCUACAGAAACGGGCCGUACAGGAAGAGCUACAGCAGGAGGAGCUGUUUGUUGCUGUGGAGAUGUUAUCAGCUGUUGCUCUCACCAAUCAAACUUUGGAAGUGGGAAACCUGCAGAAGUUCAGCUCAUCAUUGCUCAGCCCAUCUGUAGGACUCUCUGAUGUAGACCCGGCCAUGAUGGACAGGUACUUUGAACAUCUUUCAGGUGUAAAGCAACAGAAUGUCACACACUUUCUGACCUGGAACGAGCUGCAGGAAGGAGUCAACUCUGUCAACAACCGCGUGCAGGAGGAGGAGCAGCAACAGCUCCUGGCUGUCGGCCUGACCAAUGAGGCAGUGACGAGAGGAGACAUCCGUCUCCUGCUGUCCGCUUUGAUGCUGCCUUCCUGUGGGCUGGACGAGGUCUUACCUGCCCACAUCUGUAGAUACUUGACUCUGCUGACCAGAGCCAGGGAGCGCAAAGUCCAGGUGAGCAGAGACUUUGAAGCUGAGCUGUGGUUGGCUGAUAUCCAGGAAGCAGUGAAGCUGGCCAAUCAGCAGAGUCAGAAUGCUCUGAAGUUGUGUCUGGCCGUGGCGGCGGUGAACCAGGCUGUGAAGGAGAACCGGCCCAAACAGACGCUGCGUGUUCUGGCUCUGCCUGAGCUGCAGCUGACAGGGGUUCGUUCUGACUGCGCUGCAGAAUACCAGCAAGGGCUGAGCGCUCUCAUCGUUCACAGAACACCUUCAGGGUCAGGUGACAGCCGCAGCCCGUGGGUUCGAGUCCAACUACACGAUGGAUCUUUUUAUUACUUCCACCUGAAGAGGUUAGAGGGAAGCUGGGAGAAACCCAAAGAGAAACUCAACAACUUGUUCAUAGAUCAUCACGACAUUCAGGAAGUUGUUAGCAGCGUUUCUGCGUCCUACAGUCGUAGCGUAGAGUGGAGGAGCAGCGAAGCCCUGGUUAUCCGUCUGCAGGCUCGGUGUCGCGGCUUCUUGAUCAGGAGGCAGCUAGAAGCCCACCAUUACCUCAUCAGUCGGACAAAUGCCGUCAUCAUCAUCCAGUCUCACUGGAGGAGGUUUGUGCAGCAGCGGGAGUUCAGGCAGCGGCUGCAGUUCCUCCACAAAAACUGGAGAGCCAUCGUCAAGAUCCAAGCAUUUGUGAGGAUGUGUCUGACAAGGAGAAGAUAUUUAUCCCAACUGCGUUUCUUCAGACAGAAUGUGGAUGCUGUAAUAAAGAUCCAGGCCUUUUUCAGAGCCAGCAGAGCUAGACAUGAGUACCAGAUGCUUGUGGGUUCGGAUACGCCGCCCCUGUCGGUGGUCAGGAAGUUCCUCCACCUGCUUGAUAUGGGUGAUGGUGACAUCAGAGAGGAGGCGGGGCUUCUGAAUCUGAGAGAGGAAGUGGUGAGGAGCAUUCGCUUCAAUAAGCAGUUAGAGGCUGACCUGGACCUGAUGGACCUGAAGAUCGGUCUCCUGGUUCGAAACAGAGCCACAUUGCAGGAGGUUGUGUCUCACUGCAAGAAACUGACGAAGAAGAACAAGGAACAGCUGUCAGACCUGAUGGAUGUGGAGAGGAGUAAAGGCCUGAAGGCUCUGAGUCGACAGAGGAGGGAGAGACUGGAGGCCUACCAGCACCUCCUCUACCUGCUACAGACGCAGCCUCUGUACCUGGCUCAGGUGAUCUUUCUGAUGCCCCAGAGUCGCUCCACCUCCUUCAUGGAGAUGUUUGUCUUCAGUCUUUUUAACUACGGCUGUGACAGCAGGGAGGCCUACCUACUGCUGCAGCUGUUCACAGAAGCACUCCGAUACGAGAUCAGACUGAAGGUGGAGCAGCCUCAGGAUGUGGUCACGGGGAAUCCCACGGCCAUCAAGAUGCUGGUGAACUUCUACCGCCAUGCUCAGGGUCAGAAUGCCCUGAGGGAUUCUCUGGGCCCGGCUCUACAGGAUGUUCUGCAGGACCGGACCCUCAGCAUCAGAACCGACCCAGUUGAGGUCUACAAGAUCUGGAUUAACCAGACUGAGACUCAGACUGGACACAAGAGUGCUCUGCCUUAUGAGGUUUCUCCUGAGGAAGCUCUGGCCCAUCCUGAAGUUCAGAGACGAAUCGACAUCGCCAUAAUUAACCUGAAAAACCUGACUGAUCGAGUUCUCAAAUCCAUCACCUCCAACCUCAGCAAACUGCCGUACGGCCUCCGUUACACAGCAAAAGUGCUCCGAGAUGCACUGAAGCUGAAGUUUCCAGCAGCCAGUGAGGAUGAGCUAUACAAGAUUGUUGGGAAUCUGGUCUACUACCGCUACAUGAACCCAGCCAUUGUGGCUCCAGAUGGGUUUGAUGUUCUGGAUCGCUCGGCCGGCUCCUCUCUGCAGCUGGAGCAGCGCCACAUCCUGGGAUCCAUAGCUCGCAUGCUGCAGCAAGCCGCCGCUAACAAGCAGUUCCAUGGAGACGGGUACCAUGUCCGAGUCCUGAACCAGUACAUUAGCCAGACGCACAGCAAGUUCAGGAGGUUCCUGGUGUCUGUCUGUGAUGUCCCUGACCCUGAGGACAGAUUCAACAUGGACGAAUACUCUGAGCUGCUGAUUGUCCACAAGCCCAUCGUCUACAUCUCUGUCAGUGAGCUACUCAGUACUCACAAGUUGCUGUUGGACCACCUGGAUGUUCUGAGUCCAGAUCCCUCAGACCCGCUCAGGGUGAUACUGGACGACCUCGGACCUGUUCCUCCCCUGCAGGAUCUCACUGGUGAGUCUUCAGCUGAUCAAGGAGCAGAACUCGGUAAAAUGGAGGUUUCUCUGACCCUCACGAACAAGUUUGACAUCUUCAGUGAGUCCGUUGACCAACCAGACACCAGAGGACUGCUCUUUAGCACUAAACAGCUCAUAGUCGACGUCAUCAGAGCUCAGUCAGGGGACUCUCUGAGUGACAUCCUGAGAACAAAGACCUCACCUGAUCAGGAAGUGUGUCAUAACUGGCUGGUGCAGCGACGGGUCCGACAGGACGCCCACACACCUGAGAAGCUGAGGAGGAACCAGUCACUGGUCGCCAACGGCAGCCUGAGUUUAGAGGAGAAGAAGAGGAAGAUCGUGCGGAACCUUCGUCGUCUGGAGGCACUCGGAGUUCUGAGACCAGCUCAGACGGAUAACCAGAUCCUGCAGAUGAUCGUCAAGGACAUUCGGCAGCAGCGUCUGCACCGUCAGCUUCGGGGGGCGGAGCUUCUGAAGCUUCAGCAGACUCUCAGUAGGCUGCAUGAAAAAAGCAGUUUCUACAGCGAGCAAGUUGACUAUUACAGACAUUACAUCACUUCCUGUCUGGACAACCUGACCAAUAGUAAAUCAACCAAUAAGAAGAAUGAAGAAGGCAGAGAGAAGAAGAAGCUUCCAACUUUGAGCUACAGCGCCACCCGACUGCAGGAUAAGGGAGUUCUGGUAGAGAUCCAGGACCUGCCGACCACACAGUUUAAAAACGUGAUUUUUGACUUUGUUCCUGGACCUGAGAAUGGAACCUUCAUCAUCAAAACCCGAUUCCUCGGAGUUCAAUCACCACUGAAACAUAUUUUCUGAUAUCAUUUUUUACUAUUUAGUUCAUUUUAAUGUUUUUUCCUAACUGUUUUUAUGCUGAUUCAGAUCCAGUUCUCUCCCUGCCGAGCUUUGAACUCUGGUCUUGAAUCAGAUCUAAACACAAACUCGUUUACACACUCAUCUGAUUUUCCUUCACUACGUGUGCUGUUUUAUAACACUAUAUCUACUUCUGCAUUUAAUAAAAUGAAGAUGAAACUUUGA